ACAUCAUUUGCAUUUUCUUUAACUUUACCAGCAGUGUUUGAUUACUUCUGUUUGACUUUUCAAAUGGGUAGUGCUAUGGUUGCUUGUGAUUAUAGUAAUGCGAAUCCUGCUUUCCCCAGAUUUGUCUUGAUUCAGGUUUUUUGUCAUGUUGAUUCAAGUUUUUACUUUUAUUUAUAUCUAUAUUUUGUUGUUGAAGCAUGUAUGUUUCUGGAUCUGUUCAUCUAUUUGUACAUUUAGUUUUCCUAGCUUGAUUCUAUUGCCACUUGUAUGCAUGCCAUCAUCAGCUCUUCAUUAUUACAUACACCUGAGAUUGAACAUGGAUCGAGGGUGGCAUGGCAUCAAGGUGAGGGGGAGCACAAGAUAAUAUCGUAUAUUCACUUGCAAAGAAAUCUACGAGGGUUUGACCCGAAUACACAAUAUUGCUUGUAUGGGUUGGAUGCUGACUUGAUCAUGCUAGCACUGGCUACACGUGAAGUGCAUUUUGCAAUUCUUAGAGAGAGAAUAUCAAAAUGGGAGAUGAUGGAGGUUGAUCCGUUGCCAAUUACUCAAUCUGAUAAUAGAUGCAAGGGCCAAUGUCGACCUCAUGGGACUGAUUCAUUACCAAAAGGUAUAAUCCGUGAGACUUAUAACUUGGAGAUGCGACAUUAUGGGGUUUCCCAAAUAAAAAGGGGAACGCGAAAGCUUCGAAUAACUUACUGGCCAUUGCAGUUGGAAUAAAACAAAAAGAAAAUGUGAACCAGAUUGUUGAAAAGGGAAGUGGAUCCGUUGAUUCAGAUGUGACAUCUCCAAAGCAAAUCAAUUGAAAAUUGUUAUUGAAACAACUAGCAAUAGACCUGUGUACCAGUGAGUGGAGGAUCCUAUUUCACACCCAAUAUGUUGAUGCUCAUAGCAACCUUGGUAAUUUGAUGAAGGCACAAGGCUUAGUACAAGAACUAAGUCACAGUGGAUUUGAUACAUUAUUUUCAUUGGAUGUUCUUUAAGACUCGAAGUAGAUUUCGAGAACCAUGAUCCAUAACUGGACUGCACUGGGUUGAGCAGUUGUUCCAGUAAUGGUGUGUCUUAAUUGUUCUAAUAAGCUGUUUUGAAACUAUUUCAUGAUUUCCUUUGAUUGAAUGAAGGAUUGUUAUUAUAAUUGUAAUUGAUUCAUUAUUGAAUGAAUGAAUGAUUGUAAUUGAAUGAA